ACGAUAACUUGGUGGGUUCGUGUCAGGUUAUGCGUGUCUGACCUAAAGCAUGCGGACUUGACACGAGACAUGACCCAUUGACUUACAUCCCCACGAGUAACUAGAUGAUUGCUACCUGUGUUGGAUGUCACAUCUCAUAAGGAGAUACGGAGUACUCCCUCCGUCCCGGAAAACACGUACCGGUUUGACUUUUUGCACUAUUCAUAUAAUUCACUUUGACCCUAUUUUAUUUCAAGUAUAUGAAAACAAAAGUUAGCAUAUAAUAUAUUGAUCGUUUCAUCUUAACAUAUAUUUUCAAAAUAUUAAUAUUUCAUAAGUUUUUAUAAUAUGUAGUUAAAUAUAUUGGUGGUCAAAGUUGUGCAUUGACAAGCGUGUCGAAUCGAACCGGUGUGAGUAUUCUGGGACAGAGGGAGUAAUAUUGAAUUUCAAACUUGGAUAGGAAUAUACUCCGUAGUAAUGUUCCACAUCUUAAGGUCAAUGGUCGAGGGGAAUAUUGAACUAUCCAAGUUGAAGUGGUUGAGAGCCAGUGAGCCACUGCCGGAUUGGACACAGCGAUGCCGGCCAACUGUGCAAAAAGCUAAGAAAACCUCAACCCUCCAUUUUCCACAUACAUAUAUCUUCCAUUCCUCUGCUAGGACCACACACAACAUAUACAAAGCCUCCACUCUUUCUACUCAUAUACGUACUGUACAUGUAUGAGGUAUAGUAUAAGGUAUUCCAGCAGAUCCAAUUUUAAAUCUCUUGCCACAACAUAGCAAAGUUGUGGUGGAAUUAUUAUUGAACUAACUUUCUGUCGAUGAUUAAAUGCAUGGUGAUUGGUGAUGCUUUUACAUGCAUAAAUACCCUUCGCUAGCCGAAACCUAAAACCAAACCCACACGUUCUAAUCUCCAUUUCCUUCUUUUUCUUUCACAAUGGAUCGCCAACUCACUCACAAGAAAAGCCUAUCUUGCUUCUUUGAUGAAGAUGGUACAGAAGAUCAAUCACCUAGCUUUCAACACCUCACUAGACAUAACCAAAACUUUCUCUCUCGCCUUCAUGGCACCCAUUUUAACCCUGAUGCCUCACCGUUAAUGUCUCAAAGCCCGGAAUCAUCCUGGUCUCCCUCUCCUUCGUUAACCCCUUCUCAUCCUUCUCUUCUUUACUGUUGUAUUUCCUCUCUCCGACGUGAUGGUGACAUUUACUCCAUUACUGUUUUUGGAGACCUAGUCUUAACUGGUUCAAAUAGUCGUCGUGUCUAUGCAUGGCAGUCGCUUGACUGCCAUGCAAAAGGCUACGUACAAGCUAGCUCUGGCGAAGUCCGUGCCAUGCUGACUUAUGAUGACAUGCUUUUCACUUCUCAUAAGGAUCAUAAAAUUAGAAUAUGGAACAUGAGAACUUAUAGUGGUAGCUUUAGGUCUAGGAAAGUCUUAACCUUACCGUGUGCUAGCCAUUUCAAGAGCUUCAUCUGUAGGUCAGUUGCCCCACAACAUAGGUUAACUCCUAAUAAGCCAAUUACCCCACAACAUAGGGACAUUAUCUCUUGCAUGGCUUAUUACCAUGUUGAAGGGAUAUUAUACACUGGCUCAUUUGACAAGACUAUUAAAGCUUGGAAGCUUUGUGCAAAAAAGUGUCUUGACUCCUUCGUAGGUCAUGGCGACCACAUUAAUGACAUGGUUGUCAACCAACAAAGCGGCUACCUUUUUACUUGUUCUUCAGAUGGGACAGUAAAAAUGUGGUUAAGGGUUUACGGGGAGACUAGCCAUGUCCUUGUUAAGGUGUUUAGUUUUCAUACUUAUCCUAUUUACGCCUUGGCUUUAGGUAUGUCAUCAUCACAAAGGAGUUUCUUGUAUUCAGGAUCUUCUGAUGGAUGUAUAAAUUUCUGGGUGCAAGAGAUGUCUACGCACUACAAUCAUGGCGGAGUCUUAGAAGGUCAUCAGUUUGCAGUUCUUUGCCUAGUAGCCCUUGAGAAUUUGGUGAUAAGUGGGUCUGAGGACUCAACGAUUAGGAUUUGGAGGCGAGAUAAGGUCAAAUUUAGUCAUGAGUGUCUUGCAGUUUUAGAAGGGCAUAGAGGGCCUGUUAGAUGCUUGGCUGCUUCCCUGCAGGACGAACUUGUGAUGAGUUUCUUGGUGUAUAGUGCUAGCUUGGAUCAGACAUUCAAGGUGUGGAGGGUUAAGCUUCUUCGAGAAGUAAAGAUUCCCUCUGGAAGCCGUAGCAAUGGAGAUGAUGAUACGGAAGAUGCAAAUUCUGCAGUUUGUGAGGCUACACCUGUGUUAUCUCCUUCAUGGGUUAAGAAGAAGCUUCAAUGUCGUAGUCUUAAAUAGUUAAGUUUAAUCACGAGUUUUAUGUCUUGUUUGUAAUAAUAUUGUAAGUUAGUAAGUUAGAAUGUUAGCUUAUCGGCGAGUUAUGUAGAAGAUUAUGCAUCUUUUUGUUAAGUAGAUUAUGCAUAAUUAUGUAAGCAGUUGAAGUUAUUUAAGCAAAAAUGUAUCCCAUCCAGUGUGUAUUAAUAGUGUGGUUUACUAAAUUAAUGUUCCAAUUCCAUGUAUUUUGCACUAUUA